CCUCAAUAAUACUUAAUUGUUUUUUUUUAUUUCGGAUAACAUAUUACUGAGUCAUCUCAUAAAAUUUAGUGAACGCUAUUUAAACUAGUGCAUUUUAUCGAUUUCGCAGCAAACAAUCGACUAACGAAAAACAAUACUUAGUAAAUAUAACAGGACGAAAAAUGACAACCAACGUGAAAAUAUCUCUACUUUGUUGCAUAUUCUUCUUAGCUUUUCACUAUGGAUAUGCAAAAGUUGGCAUGCUAUGUACAUUUGAUCCACCAUCAAUUGCAAGCUGUGCAGAUAUGUUCAACUAUCCUUUAAGUUCAAGCACUAAUAAUGCACAUUGGCAAAUUCUGAACCCAGCUAAUACUUACAAUUUACCACCUACUGGAAGUGAUAAUGAUCAGUUUAAUCCAUAUCUUGUGUUUAAUCCAUCUCGUUACACGCCCAAACCAUUACCAAUUUUGUCAAUUUCAUGUCCAGAUGCUGAUGCUAAUUCAACAGUCACUUUGUCAUUUCGUUUCUAUCAAUUUGUUUCAACUAAAGUUACUGAUUUUGUAUAUUCAAAUCUUCAGUUAAGUUGUGGACCAAACAGAGUUAUAUACAAUGUUACCGAUACAAGUACAUACAAUAAAAAGUUUUGGCAAAACUUUAGUGUAUCAUUAUCUGGGAGUGUGGCACAGUUUGGGUGCAAUAUAUCUCUUCCUCGAUAUGUCGAAUUGUAUAAUUCACUUGACAACCCUAGUGGUUCAUGGUUUCUAUUCAACACACCAGCAAUUGAUAAUCUUAUAUUCGCGCUUAACCCACCAGCUACUACAACUUCUGCACCUUCAACAUCAACUACAGCAUCCCCAACAACAACAACAACUACAAAAACCACAACAUCAGGUACUACAACUCCAGCAGCUACUACUACACCCCCAGCAACUACUUCAACUUCAACAACAACUAAAACAACAAUGCCUCAACCAACAACACCACCCCCCUGUGUGCCAGGAAGUUCAGCAUAUUUCACUUUAAAUCAAACUUGGAUAUGUGUUCCUGAUGGGGUAUGGAAGGAUCCUGUGCAAAGUUCAAGUUGCUCACUUUCCUGUGGUGGUGGAAUGGCAGACUUUGUCUACACAACUUGCUAUAAUAGUUCAGUAUUUUCUAAACCUUGUGACCUAUCUAAUAGAACCAUACGUCUUGAUUGUAGUUAUGUACCAUGUCCAGUAUUAGUUUGCCAAGUGAUGAAAGACAAUAAGUGUUCUGAUAUAAACAAAAAAUAUCAAAACUUUGUCCCAAGCUUGUUGAUGUUAAAUGUUAAUGUUGGCGACUUGGAAUAUAUUAUGGAUUUCCUUGACAAAUUUGAUGCAGACUCUACUCAAAAACAGUUAAACGGCUUUAAUUGCGAUGUUAAUUUGAUGAGCAAAUUAAAUAGUACUUUUAAUGGUUAUGCACAAAUGAUAACUACUUUACUUGACCAGCUUAACAAAGCACUCGAUGUUGUUUAUUCAAUUCUUGAUUGUAAUCCUGGAGAAAUAAAUCCAAUACAAUGGAAUCGAUUUGAUGAGAUUAUCGAAUACAUAUCCAUUAUUGAAAGUAUCAGUGGUGAUGUUCAACAACGCCAAAGAAUGAUCGAACAAAUAAAAAUCAACUGCGGUGGUCAAAAAACCAUCUUACAGAGAAUAGCCGCUGCCGUUAGUCAAAUGUAAUACGAGUGGUAAUGAUUUACGGAGGGAUGAAAUAUGACGAAAAAAUGUUAAAAUUAAACUUAUAGCUAAAGAUUAAAGUUUAACUUUUUUUUAAUUUUUAUGUUCAUGAUUUGCAAUUAAAAAAAAUUCUCCGUACCUUACGAAGUUAGCUUAUUUUGUAUAUUUUUGUUUACGCUAAAACUAAAAUCAACAGCUAAGUAAAUCAAUAAGAAUUUUGCGUUUGUUUUUUUUACUUAAAAAUCUUAUCGAGUAUUUAAGGAUCAAUAGUAAAUUUUUUUUUUGUUUUAACUUUCUUAUUUUUGAUAACUUGCUUUUUUUUAUUUUUGAUAACUUGCUUUUUAAAAGUGUUUUUUCCUGAAUAUUUAAUUAAAUCUGCACUUAAAUGCGUGAAAUUAAUUUACCUGUAAUUUUAUCUCACAGUUUGUUUUACAUUAAAACAUUUGUUUUCUACUUAAAAAAAUUUA